CCAACAUCAGCAUUGUGGAUUGGCUGACAGUGUUUUACAUACUAGGAUUUUGAUCACAAAAGUUAAGAGAGGAGGAAGGACUACAUUCUUCAGGCAAGAUAAAAUAUGGAUAAGGAGCAUGGAUUCUAUCGUCAGGUGGAUGUUCAAGACCACGCCCACUACAUUGUCGCCUUUUUCGUCCUGGUUAUUGGAACAGUUGGCGUAACUGGGAAUGCCUUGGUUAUGUACGCAUUUUACUGUAACAAGAAGCUAAGGACUCGACCAAACUACUUCAUCAUGAAUCUGGCCAUCAGUGACUUCCUUAUGGCCAUCACACAGUCUCCAAUUUUCUUUGUCAACUCCUUGUACAAAGGAUGGAUCUUUGGAGAAACUGGGUGUAAAAUGUAUGCCUUCUGUGGGGCUCUCUUUGGAAUCACGUCUAUGAUAAACCUUCUCGCUAUCUCUGUAGACCGCUACAUUGUUAUUACCAAACCACUGCAAGCCAUACAGUGGUCAUCCAAGAAACAAACUUGCUUCAUCAUUGCGCUUGUAUGGGUCUACUCCUUAGCCUGGAGCCUGGCCCCACUUUUAGGGUGGAGCUCCUAUAUCCCUGAAGGCCUGAUGACCUCAUGCACAUGGGACUAUGUGACAUCCACUCCAGCAAACAAAAGUUACACUUUGAUGUUAUGCUGUUUUGUAUUCUUCAUUCCAUUGGGAAUUAUUUCUUAUUGUUAUUUGUGUAUGUUCCUGGCCAUCCGCCAUACUAGUAGAGACAUAGACAAGUUGGGCUCUCAGGUGAGGAAGUCGACUCUGAUCCAGCAGCAGUCCAUAAAGACCGAGUGGAAGUUGGCAAAGAUUGCCUUUGUUGUUAUCAUUGUGUUUGUGCUUUCCUGGUCGCCGUAUGCUUGUGUCACUCUCAUCGCUUGGGCAGGAUAUGGAGGCAUUCUCAACCCUUAUUCCAAAGCUGUACCUGCAGUGAUCGCUAAAGCUUCAGCCAUCUACAACCCUUUCAUUUAUGCCAUCAUUCAUUCGAAAUACAGGGACACUCUGGCAGAGAAAUUCCGCUGUUUCCACUUCCUGGCCCAAACCCAGAGGAGGGACACUAUGUCAGUUUCACAGAGUGAAUCAUCUUUUAGAGAAUCAGUGCUAAGCAGACAGUCCUCAGGAACCAAAACUAAGUUUCAACGAGUCUCCUCCAUGUCUACAUCUGACACACAGGUGUGGAGCGAUGUGGAGCUGGAUCCUCUGGACAAGGGUCACUGCAUACCUUUAAGUUUCUCUCUUUGCAGUCUGACAGAAAAAGUAAACAAAUCAACAGACAUUCGGGAAAGUGGAAGAAAACACGUAGAAUUAAGUUUACUAUCACAAACAACAAGAGCCCUCUGAGCAGGUGCAAAAAAUCUCCACAAGUGGAGUCUUCAAAAAGGGUGCUGCCUUAUGUGUGAGGAACACUUCAAAAUGAAGCGG